UCUUCUCCAUUAUCACCAUCAAGCUCGCUCCAGUGUUCGAGAUCAGAGGGAGAGUAAGCUCGCCACUGUCACCAUUCAUGUCCUGGUCGUUGCCGCCAUCAAGCUUCUAUGUCAAUGUGUUGUUUCCUUUGUCUACACGCCAUAGCUUUUGAGAUCAGAGAAAGUGAGUUCGUAGCCACCGCCGGCGCCUCCAUCAAGCUUAUCCGUCGACGCGUUUGAUUUUCUUCUUAAUCACCUAAGUUCAAUUUCUGUUUGUUCUUUUUUUUCUUUUUCAUUGUUAUUUAUUUAACUCAGUUUGGAUAUUUUUUUGUUUUUCACUUUUCCUCUACAUUUUUCAUGCAUAUAUAGCGUGGUUAGAAUUUGUUAUGAAGAAAGACGCAGUGGUAGUAGUGCGGCGGCGGUGAUAGUGCGAUAGCAAUGGCGGCGGUGGAGCGAAGAAUGGCUCUUCAUAGAGCGCAACAAGUGAAGAAAAGUAGACAUGGACCGAGGUCGCGAAGCUCAGAGUAUAGCGGCGUCACCUUCUAUUGAAGGAUCGGACAAUGUGAAUCGCAUAUUUGCAUGAUGGAUUCUUCCCUUUUCUUGAAAAUUGAUGCUUUUCCCAACAACAACAGCACAGAUUAGAGACCAUUGGAGCAAAGCAAAAGCUGUUGAUAUUUGAUAAGCACAACAAUGACCCUCAGAUAUAAUCUGUAACAGGUACAAUAUGCUUGAUCAAUAUUUUGUUAAGAAAUCGGUGUUUUCAUUUUGGCUGAACCGUAACCCAGAGGAAGAGAAUGGGGUGAACUUGUUUUUGGAGGUGUUGAUCCCAAUCACUACAAGGGAAAGCACACUUAUGUGCCUGUGUCAAGAAAAGGUUAUUGGGAGUUUGAUAUGGGAGAUAUACUUAUUGGAGACAAAAAAACUGGAAUUUGUGCUGACAGCUGUUCAACUAUUGCAGACUUAGGGACUUCUUUGUUGGCAGGUCCAACGGUAUGAAUAAAAUAAGUACUCUAACCAUGGUUGCUAGGUUGUUCUUCAAUUCCUUUUGUAGAAUUUAGGGAGGUUAAUGAAAGGUAGGUAACGAAUUCCUUGAUUUGGGAUAUACAAAAACUUGGCCCCAACUUGCCAUUAGGAGCUGGAAUUCAUACACAAGAGUAGCAGCACUGUUGGCUAUAGACCCAAUGUCUUCUCAACCACUCUCUCCAAUCUCAUUGCCACCAACUCUUACCACUUCCUCAUUCCCUUCAUUCCCAUUCGAGGGAAAUGGCCAGUGUUGGUUUAUCUGGAGCUCUUUCGUCAGGAAUUGGAAAUUUAAGCCAUCUCUAAAUAUUAACAAUCAGUUAUUUGGUCCUAUCCCAGCUGAGAUAGGCAAGUUGUCAGAGCUUCAGACUCUAGACCUUUCCAGUAACCAGUUUGUUAGAGAAAUUCCUAGUUCUUUGGGCUUAUUGUCUCAACUAAGUUACUUGCGGCUCAACAAAAAUAAUUUAUCUGAACAGAUCCCUCCACUUGUUGCUAACUUGACAGGUCUUUCAUUCUUGGACUUGUCAUUUAAUAAUCUCAGUGGUCCUACUCCAAAAAUUUUGACAAAAGAUUACAGGAACCUUAUCCGAGUGAGUACCAAUGGCACAAUCAGUGGCAGAGUUUGAUGAG